UUCCUCUCCCAGCCACCAAACAAGCACAUUUUGCAGAAAGAGAGAAGCUCACAUAGAAGAACAUAGCACAUUUACACACAGACCACGGACAUGUUCAGCAAUCUUGGGACCCGAGAUGAAGUGAUCAAGGCAGCGUUGUCUGCAUCCAUCGAAGCUCGUGACGAUCGACAGGAGCUGAGCAUUCGCAACAGCUCUUCGGAGGUCAUCGUGGCCUUCCCCGGAUCAUGGUCUCCCGAGGACUGGUUCCCUAAAGACAGCAAAGCCGAGCCCUUCGGAGAUGACCAGAUCGACCGCAAGAAGUUCCCUUCUCUCAGGAGCAUCGGCAAGGAUGAGGACGCCAGGGUCAACAAGGCGUUCAUGCAGAGAUUCCUACGUAUUCUGGAUGAUGGAAGCGGAAGGCUCCGCUCCGAGGUGAAAAAGGCGUUGGACGAUAAUAAGCAGAUAAUAUUUACAGGCCAUUCAUCGGGCGGUCCAAUCGCAAUUUACGCGACUGUUUGGUUCCUUGAGGAGCACAAAAAAUCAAAGAAAGUGGAGACUCCCCAUGCUUUCUGUUUAACAUUCGGGUCCCCAAUUACCACCGACCGCACCUUUGGCCACGCCAUCCGGCGUGAGCGUUGGUCUGACCACUUUGUCCACUUUGUUACGAAACUCGACAUUGUUCCCAGGAUUCUACUCGCUCCUUCCUCCUCUACAAAGGAGUUGCUAAAAGAAAUCGCCUCUUUCUCUGACCCGCAUCACAAACCCGCUACAAUUGACAACUUGACUUCCUUUUUUGUGAAAGUGGUGAAGAAUGCAUCAUGUGUUGCAAACUAUGCAGCUUGCCAACUGACAGGAAGCAAACAUACCCUAUUUGACACUAUGUCUAAUUUCAUCAAGCCAAGCCCUUACCGACCGUGUGGGAAUUAUGUUUUUUGCACCGAGAUUGGUAGGUUGGUGGUCGUAAAGAACUCGGAUGCGGUCCUUCAACUGUUGUUUUGCGCUUUACAGAUCGAGUCCGAAAGAGAGCUUCUGAAUAUAGCACAGAAAAGCUUAAGGGCACAUUGGACAUAUAAAGAGGCAGUAGACCAAAGCCUGGCCCCGGCCAAUGUUGUUUAUUUGAAGAACCUCCAAGAAUUGCCUCUAAGCUCAAAUGAUGCCGCAUUAAAUGACCUUAACCUGGACGCAACGGCGAGGCUGUGCCUUCGUGCCGCUGGAGAGUUGGAGAAGAGGAAACAGGAUAACCAGAAAAAGAUCCAAGGGAAGAAGGUCGAAAUAGAGAGAUACCUCGACGCAUUAAAAAAGUACCGGACCACGAGCGAGGACGAAGGUGUGGGAUAUUACGAUGCUUUCAAAUUGCAAAAGAAGGAGGAAGACUUCAAGGCCAACGUAAAGAGACUUGAACUGGCAGCUAUUUGGGACGAGAUUGUUGAAAUGCUAAGACUCAGGCAGCUCCCCGAUGAAUUUGAGGUAGAUAAAGAAUGGGUGGAUCUCGGCACGCGGUUUCGCGGACUUGUGGAGCCACUAGACAUAGCCAACUUCUAUCGACACUCCAGGACGGACGAUGCAGGUCAUUACAUGAAGGAAGGAAACAGGCCAAGUCGGUACAAAUUUCCUCAAAGAUGGCGAGAACACAAGUACCAGUUGCCGCCGAUGCAGCGGUCGCAGCAGUCGCUCAAACAUUUUUAUGGUGAAACCAGCUUUUGGGCCAAGGUGGAGGAGCUCAAAACUAAACCAUGGGAAGCAAUAAAGGACGAGGUUUUGGUUCUGGGGAACCGCCUUACAGAAUGGCACAACAACAAGGAGGUGGAGGAUGAUGUGUUCUUACAAAAGAGCACGCUCGUUGAGUGGUGGCAAAAACUCUGUGAAGACCAUCCUGAGUUGCGCGGCGUUCUUCCGACACCAGCUGUCGAGUGAGACUUGUAUUGCUAUUUCUCAAAGUAGCGAGAUACCUUCAGUAUUCGUACAAUAUAUAUGUUUGAUAUGCCUAUUCAUAGGCUUUCUUCGCGGACAUAGUCUUAUCAAGUGUCCUCCAUUUAAUCCACGCUCUUUGACUGUUAUCCAAGUCACUUCAUAGA